CAGUACUGUGUUGUGGAGUGAGUAUGUGAAAUACAGCUGACCCCGGGCAGAUCGAGACGUUACGGUGUGUGUCAAGCCGAGCCUUCCUCUACAGGGCGGGGCAGUUCAGCGUUUCCGUACUUGAAGAGGGAGGGCUGGUCACAUUGGGCACCCGGUAUCCAAGCGAUAGGGGUAAAAACGGAGAACUUCGAACCAACGGCAGAGCACGAGCCCAGAGGGACAGAGAGGGAGGGAGAUACCUAGAAUAAAACCAAAGCAAACAACUGAACAGAGAAGGCGAGAAGCAGAUCCAACAAGGAGAGAUAAGAGAAGGACAGGCAAAACGCUGAGAGGCACAUGGUGUGACAAUGCCUACAAACUUCACAGUGGUUCCUGUGAAGGAUGGCAGGAAGUCCCGGGAGGACGAUGAUGUAGACGACAACAAUGUUUUCAGAGAGGAAGAUGAGGAUGCCCCCUUCCCAGGCGAUGGCAUGCCAAAGGAAAGCAGUCCGUUCAUAAACAACACAGACAAUGAGAAAGGGAAUCUAUACGAUGGGAAGAACAUGGCCCUCUUUGAGGAAGAGAUGGACAGCAACCCCAUGGUGUCCUCUCUGCUCAACAAGCUGGCUAACUACACCAACCUCACCCAGGGGGUGAAAGAGCACGAGGAGGCAGACGACGACGAGGGGCCAGCCAAGACUAAGAAACCAGUCAAGAGUCCUGCGUUGGGCACAUUAAUCGGGGUGUACCUGCCCUGUCUGCAGAACAUCCUGGGGGUCAUCCUGUUCCUGCGCCUCACCUGGAUCGUGGGCACAGCUGGCAUCAUGGAGUCCCUGGCCAUUGUGGUUAUGACCUGUUCCUGUACAAUGCUGACCGCCAUAUCAAUGAGUGCCAUUGCUACGAAUGGUGUGGUUCCAGCUGGAGGCUCCUACUACAUGAUCUCCAGGUCCUUGGGGCCAGAGUUCGGCGGGGCCGUGGGGCUCUGCUUCUACCUGGGGACCACUUUCGCUGGCUCCAUGUACAUCCUCGGUACUAUAGAGAUUCUACUGACCUACAUUGUGCCUAGCGCGGCCAUCUUCAAGGCAGAGAAGAAGGAGGAUGAGGCAGAGGCACUGCUCAACAACAUGCGGGUGUACGGUACCUGCUGCCUCACCCUCAUGUCCCUGGUGGUGUUCGUGGGUGUCAAGUACGUCAACAAGCUGGCCUUGGUCUUCCUGGCCUGUGUCAUUCUCUCCAUUCUGGCCAUCUACGCCGGAGUCAUCAAGACCGCCUUCGAACCGCCAGACUUCCCCAUUUGCCUGUUGGGGAACCGCACGCUGCAGAACCACAACUUCGACCAGUGCUUGAAGACGAUGGAGGUGGACAACGUGACGGUCACCACCAAGCUGUGGUCCCUGUUCUGUGACUCUCCAGACCUCAACGCCACCUGCAACGAGUACUUCACCCUAAACAACGUCACUGUGAUCCAGGGCAUCCCUGGCCUGACCAGCGGUGUCAUCAGAGAUAACAUCUGGGGGGACUACGGUCCUAAUGGCAUGCUGGUAGAGAAUAAGCACCAGGCAUCGGAGCCGGCUGCAGACACAUCCCAGGACAUCUACAUGCCAUACGUGGCCAACGACAUCACCACCUUCUUCACCCUGCUGGUGGGGAUCUACUUCCCCUCCGUCACUGGAAUCAUGGCUGGAUCCAACAGGUCUGGUGAUCUGAGGGACGCCCAGAAGUCCAUCCCCAUAGGAACCAUCAUGGCCAUCGCCACCACCACCUUCAUCUACAUUUCCUCUGUAAUACUGUUUGGCGCCUGCAUCGAGGGAGUGGUGCUCAGAGACAAGUUUGGGGACUCGGUCAAAGGGAACCUGGUGAUUGGCAUCCUUGCUUGGCCUUCCCCCUGGGUGAUUGUGAUUGGCUCGUUCUUCUCCUGCUGUGGAGCGGGUCUGCAGAGUCUCACUGGAGCCCCCCGGCUGCUGCAGGCCAUCGCACGAGACGGCAUCGUGCCAUUCCUACAGGUGUUUGGUCAUGGCAAAGCUAAUGGAGAGCCCACCUGGGCCCUGCUGUUGACUGGUGGGAUCUGUGAGAUCGGCAUCCUCAUUGCCUCUCUGGACGCUGUCGCCCCCAUCCUCUCCAUGUUCUUUUUGAUGUGCUACCUGUUUGUCAACCUGGCCUGUGCCCUCCAGACACUGCUGCGCACCCCUAACUGGAGACCCCGCUUCAAGUUCUACCACUGGGCUCUGUCUUUCCUGGGCGCCAGUCUGUGUCUCUCCCUGAUGUUCAUCUGCUCCUGGUACUAUGCCCUGGUGGCCAUGCUGAUCGCUGGCUGCAUCUACAAGUACAUUGAAUACAGAGGGGCGGAGAAGGAGUGGGGUGACGGUAUAAAUGGUCUGUCGCUCAACGCCGCCCGCUACGCCCUCAUUCGCCUGGAGGAGGCGCCGCCCCACACCAAGAACUGGAGGCCCCAGAUGCUGCUGCUAUUGAACCUGGAUUCUGACCACACCGUGAAACACCCACGCCUGCUCUCCUUCUGCACCCAGCUCAAAGCAGGCAAAGGCCUGACUAUCGUGGGCUCCGUGCUGGAGGGCACUUACAUGACCAAGGAGGCCGAGGUCAAGAAGGCCGAGCAGAACAUCAAGUCGUCGAUGACGACGGAGCGUACCAAGGGCUUCUGCCACGUGGUGGCGUCGUCCAACCUGCGUGAUGGUUUCUCCCACCUCAUCCAGACAGCAGGCCUUGGGGGCAUGAAACACAACACGGUCCUCAUGGCCUGGCCCGGCACCUGGAAACAGUCCAACGACCCCGUAUCCUGGAAGAACUUCAUCGAGACUGUGCGUGAGACCACAGCGGCCCAUCAAGCCUUGCUUGUGGCCAAGAACGUGGACAGCUUCCCCACCAACGCGGACCGCCUGGGCCAGGGCACCAUAGACGUGUGGUGGGUUGUCCAUGACGGAGGACUGCUCAUGCUACUGCCCUUCCUCCUUCGCCAGCACAAGGUGUGGAGGAAGUGUAAGAUGCGUAUCUUCACGGUGGCUAAUAUGGAUGACAACAGUAUUCAGAUGAAGAAGGACCUGCAGAUGUUCCUCUACCACCUCCGUCUGGACGCAGAGGUGGAGGUGGUAGAGAUGCACGACAGUGACAUCUCAGCCUUCACCUAUGAGAAGACCCUGGUGAUGGAGCAGCGCUCUCAGAUGCUGAAACAGAUGCAGCUGUCGCGGACGGAGAGGGAGAGAGAGGCCCAGCUGAUCCAUGACAGAAACACGGUGUCUCACGCCGCGCUUAACGACAAGGCCGACGCUGGCCCUGACCGGGUCCACAUGACCUGGACCAAGGAUAAGUUCCUCACCGAGCGCAACCGCAACCGCGCCGAGGCCAACAUGGGCGUGCGCGACAUCUUCAACAUGAAACCAGAGUGGGAGAGUCUGAACCAGUCCAACGUGCGCCGGAUGCACACUGCGGUCAAGCUGAACGAGGUGGUGGUCAACAAGUCACAGGGAGCCCACCUGGUCCUGCUCAACAUGCCGGGACCGCCCAAAAACAGAGGGGGCGACGAGAACUACAUGGAGUUCCUGGAGGUUCUGCUGGAGGGUCUGAACCGGGUCCUCCUGGUCCGUGGGGGCGGACGCGAGGUCAUCACUAUCUACUCUUAAACGCUUGCGGCCACAAAACCUUGGGGUUACUGGGGGAUUGUCAGAGGGGGGGCCAUGUUACUGGACAGAGGGCUUUUUAGCCUCAGAAGGGACGACCAAUCAGGGCAGUGUGAUGUCAUAGCAUCAGCCUGAUUAGUGGAAAGAGCACAUGUGUCCUGGGGCCUAUCUAUCACGUCGACCGACUGGAGGAUAGAGCAUUCUGACACUAACAUUUAAUCUGACACGUGUUAAUGUUUAUUGUAUGGAUGUUCUUCCUUUUUCCCCCUUCACUCCCUCUCUAUGUUCAGUUUUCAUGUCUGUUGAUGGUAAUUGUGUAUCAUAAUCAGCAGAGGACCACAGGGUUAAUAUGGACAUAGGCUGUGUCUGAAAUGGCAUCCUAUUCCCUAUAUAGUGGACUACUUUUGACCCGUUGGCCCUAUAUCAUUUCGUACACAGCCAUAGUCUCUCUAGUUUGUCCAUCUUUGCCCUCAUUUUGGUUUUGGUUUUGUGCUCAUCUUUCAAGUAAGAUUCAGAUUGAGGAUGCACAAAGUAAAUGUGCUGCCUUUAAGAUCUCCCUGAACUCAGAACCAAAUCUACUUUGAAUCCUGAAAGAGAUAAAUACGGUUCCUGCUGUCACCUAUUAUCUACAAACUCGGUAGGAACGUUGUUAUCUAGAAUAAUAUGCUUCUGACUCUUUCCAGUAUCCUAGCCCACAGCGGAGCUCUGUUAGAACGGGAGGCAGCAAGUCCAAAAAAAGCAUACUUUUAUUUUAAUUCUGUUCCACAGAUCAGGAUGUUGCUAUGGCUUUCCUAAGCUCCAUUGUCCCUUGGUUAUUAAAGGUGGGGUCAUAUUUGGAGGUGUUCUGUCCUACUGGUAUCCUCGUAUACCCCUGGAGCUACUCACAGCGGAGUUCGGUCAACCUCAAUUCUAAUUGAGGAAGUUAGGGGGUCUAACUCAGAAGCGGACCCACCUUGUUAAUCCAUACUAGGACUAGGGGGAACUAGGUUUAUUCAUGUAUUUAAUCUGUGAAAGGGAUUUAUUGUUUAUUUUGCUUGUUGCUAAUUGUCGUCUUGUUGUUGAGUGCAGCACGACAUCUGAAAGAGGUCUGUGUAUGGGGUGGGGAGCUUUGGCAAGGAUAGGCCAAGGAUUUUAAUGUGCAAUAGAUGCUGUUAAUAUGGUGAAUUGCAGACAGGCCUGAGACACAGAAGGUGGUCCACCUUGCCUGGUGGGGUCUCCUUAAUUGACCCUGUUUUAUUGGCUCUGUAACGUUGGUCAACCCCCCCGACUUCAGCCAUUGCUUUAAGAAAUAGCCAUAGUAUAUAUCCUAGUAUUUAGCCCAUGUUAACUGUGUUACACCCAAUACACAGCAUAAAGCAUAUUUAUUUAUGUUGUGAUUAUUGGAAAUUGUAUGCAAGGGAGCAGGGAAUGAAAGUAGUUUUUUGUAAAGAGCCUAUUUUCAGGUACAGGAGUGCUGCUUUCAAUUCACAUACUGUUCCACAGAUUCACAAAUCUAGGACAACUGGGGUCAUCAAGGUAUUUCACCUACCAGAGCCCAUUCGAUAUAUACAUCAACAUAUAGGAAAAUCAUGAGAUGGUUUGACACUAACACUGAAUCUGAAUUAAUCAUCAACUAAAGAAUUUGUCAACUUCUCUGUGACCCUCAAAUCAGUCAUUGUGUUGCUUGACAGUUAAAACAGAAGGAAAUGUGCUUGUUGGAGUCAUCCUCUGAUGGCCUAGCCACUGUUGACUGUUCAGGUACUGUAGGCUCAUUUUCAGCACGGUGUCGUUAGAGACAUCGGCAGUCAGCGUUUAGCACAGUCUUCGAUGUACAGUACUGCACUGAUACGGUAGAUUGCAUUGCAUUGUUUGGCUCUGAUCAUAGAAGUAUUUAGGCUGGGAUGUUGUAAUACAGUGAUGCCACCACAUUCAAAUGGUUGUGAUUUGUGAGUAUCACGUCUAUCACAGGACACCAAACCAAGAUGCUGUACUGGAAUAGAAAAGUGUCAUUAUGAAAUAGCUAUGUCCCAUGUUGUGCUCCGAACCAUCAAUGUUUUCUCUCUCUGAUGAGCACCAUGCAGAGUGGGUAGGUGAGUAGAGCUUCUGAAAACAUGCGGUCUCAUAGGUCAAUCAUAUAGGUGUGGUCCGUAGGUAUCAGGUGAUCAUACUGUUCAAUGUCAGGAUUUGUUCUUAUGUUAUUUGUGUUUUUAAUUGUACGUGCAUAUUCUCUAGGUUUCAUGUUUUCAAUUGACCAUGAUGAAUAAUUUUGACUUUGUAUAGGAAGAAACGUGCCAAAAAGACUAAGACUGAAAGUAUAUGCUUGUCAAUGUCAGCCACAGUACACGCGCCAACUGUCGCCCGUGCUUGUAGGGCAGGGGAAAAAGCAAGAUCACCUUCAAAUUGUAAAUACAAUAUACGUUAUUAUAACCAGUUAAUGCUUUUGAUUUGGAGACGCACAGAGGUCAACACAUUUGAACUCAAAUUCUUACCUAACAGACCAUUUUGAUGAGCAACAGAGUUUGUGGUUAAAAAAUGAGUUCCUUUUAGGCUACAUAUCAACAGUGGAAGGAUUGGCAUCUGUGAUUUCUAGUGCAUGUGAAGCCCAGUUUUAUAGGCAACUGGAAGUCGCCAGAUAUAAGAAACUAUUGGGGCAAAGAAAGGAAGGAAUCACUCAUCAAACUCGUCUGUAUUUACAUCCACAGUUUAUUUUGAACCCUUUUCGUAGCUGUGCAGUAUUUUAUAACCAGAACAUUGUAUUUUUCUACAGUAUGUCAUGAAAACAACCUAGCGUCGACCAUCAGAUAAUGUUUUUAUGUUUCCGGUGUGUUUUUGUUUUGUUUUUCCGACAUACACCUGUGUAACUUGUAGUCAUAGUGUCUGUUUGCACUUAACAGUUAUGUUAUACUUGAUUUUCUGAUACUCUUUAAGUGUUACUUUUCAGGACUGGAGUAUUUCGAUUUUAUGGAGGUGUGGGAUGGAUGGGGGGGGGGGGGGGGUGUAUAUAUUCCAAGUUGUUUGCAGAUCUGUUUUGUUUGUGUGUUUCUCAAACACAUUGGAAACACAGACUUUGGCAGAGAUUUCACCGAAAGGAUUUUUGAGGAGCCAGUUGGAGAAUAGGUUAUGUUACUGAUUUUAAGUUAAUUGAAAAUGUAUUUUUAUUUUAGGUUUUUAGCCACCAAAGAUACAAUCUUUGAGUCUGUGAUAUGAAAUGUCACAUUGUUAAUAGUGUAAGAAAUAAAGUUGAACUAAAAACAGCGCAGCUUGCUUACUUGAGCUGAAUAGCAGCAAAAGAGAUGACUUCAAACCUUUUUAGAGAACACAAAACUAAGACUUCUGGGUGACAGUAUGCAAGCGGUAUAUGUUUCAUUUACCUGGUUAAAGUGACGAGAGAAUGUAAUCUACCUCAUGGUGGCCAUGGAGGCUUCAUCGAAGGAGAAGCAACCUGUCGAAUCGCUUUCUCUUUUCUCUGUACAUAGUUACAAUCUUUUAUAUGAAGCGAUUAUUAGCGAUUGGGGAGUGAGCCUCCAUUCUGAGGGAGAACCAGCGUGUGUGUGUGUGUGUGUGUGUGUGUGUGUGCACAACUCACAUAUUGUACUCUAGUAGGAGUUACUUUUGGGCGCAUGCGUAGCGAAGGGUAGCCCUUUAAAUUAUAUCUGUGCCUCUGAGUAAUGAAUAAAUAAAAGUGCUGAAAUAUGUCUGAA